AUGGCUCAAGAAAAUUCAUCUAAGCCUCUUGUCAUAAACGAUCUGCUCAUACAAAAUGUGAACACCUGGGGAAAUGUUCAAUACAAUAUUCCACUAAGAUUGUCCAACAACGAGACCCGGACAGCCACCAGCAUUGCGCACCGUCAUAUACCGGAUAUACCGCAUAAUUUCGACUGUAAAAUUCACGAUCCGCUUCCUGAGCGUGUCAUUGGUCGAGACAUGGUGGUUGAAAAAGAAUCCUAUAAGACCACAACUGGAGAAUAUUGUGUGAAGCCUAACCCUAAUAAAGCUAUGGAACGGUCGGACUGUGCCAGUAAUUGUAAAAAAGUUAUUUACAUGACUGGCGUUGAAAAAGAACUGCAAGGUAAAAACAUCAGACAGCCGAUUAUGAUAUCCGAGAUGAAAGAUAAGUACAAAGGCGUUUCAAAGUCACCGCUAGCACCGCCGGAGAUUAUUGUUAAGCCACCUGAUCCGGAAUACAUUUUUGAUGUACUCGCAGCUGGCAGAAACGAAGCUCCCGUCAUACCCGAAAACGCUAGUGGAUUCAGUCGACUGCUCGAUCCUUACAUAUCCACUUAUCGUGCAUUUCAGAAACCUUUUACUACAGAUGAACAGUACGGGAUAGGUGCUAAAGAUCACAUAACUUUCUACACGGAGUCUAACACACCGAAAGGUCGUGGAUUUGGUCCAAAGUAUAAAAAAAUAUGGAUGCCACUAACUGCCAAAGUUCACAGGAACGUGUAUGAUAGAAUUCAUUUUAAGAAAGAGUAUAAAGCGGUUGCAUCUUGUCACAAUCCAGUGAAUAAUUUAAAAGGAGUUUUCGAAUCAGAAACUAAAAAGCAAUACAAGGUACCAUUCACAAUAUCACCUCUCGCAUCUUGGGAUCAUGGCGAAAACUUCUAUUUGGCACCAUUUCCUCCAAAUCCAUAUCAGACGAAUAUCGCUCCAUUCAUGUAUUGCAGCGAUUACUGUCAUGUUGCACAGGGCACUAAACCGUGUACUGUUAUUAACCAGCUAUGUCACGAUAUGACGCCACACAAGCCUUGUAAACAAAGAUACGUGGUAUCUAGUGAUUGGUAA